UGAAAAAUAGUGAUUCAAUAAUAAAUAAUUGUGGUCACUGCUGUAACACUUCGGUCAAAUUAUAAAUUAAAACCAUCUUAUAUUGAAUGUGAUGACCCCAGCAGACACUCCGUCUGAGAAGCAUUUAAACCGGAGCUACAGUCUCCAUCUACAGGGGAGGGUGGCAGGUGAGUUGGAUCUGGAGAAACGCUGUUUUGCCUCCCAGCUGCAAAAAAACCCACAAACAGCAGAGGGAGCAGAGAGUCUGCUUUAUCCCACCAUCCUGUCACAGCAAUUACCAUCAGCCCCGGUCAUGUGACUGACAGACUCCCCUGGCGAGUUGUUCCCAUCUCCCACAGUCAUGGCGGUGUCGGGGAGACGCGGAGAUGGAGUAAACACCACCGCUGCAACAUCUUGAUUUUUUUCCCUGUUUCUCUCUCUCUCUCUCGUUGCUUCAUGCUGGACCGUGCCUGCUGUCAUCCGAGAUAUCGCGAACAUCCCGCAGGCUGCUGUGCUUUCCGACGAUGGCCGACCGCGGCGUUGAUCUGUCGGCUCUGCCUAAAGAGGUCAGGGACCAGCUGGCGGAGUUGGAUCUGGAGCUAUCCGAAGGUGACAUUACACAGAAGGGCUAUGAGAAGAAAAGGGCCAAACUCUUGGCUCCCUACAUCAUCCACAUCCACACACCAGUAGAGCCGCCCCCUCAGAAUGACGUGCAGCCCCCAGCUCCUAGUUCCUCCUCCUCUAGCCACGCCCCUCCCCCCUCCAGCUCAUCCCGGUACCGAGAACGGCGUUCCCGCAGAACGCAUCGUGGUGGAGGAACCAGGGAUGACCGCUAUAGAUCAGAUAUCCAUACAGAGGCAGUACAAGCUGCCCUGGCUAAACAUAAGGAGGAGAAGAUGGCGCUGCCCAUGCCUACCAAGCGGCGUUCCACUUAUGUCCAGUCUCCUAUUGAAACCCGCACACCACCAGACUCUUCAUCGGGCUCCGAAGACGAGACAUCGGUGCGCAGGCAGUCGUCAGUGGUCGCUCCCCAGCCCCCGGUCAAUCCCAACCUGCAGAGCCCGGACUCCUGGAUCAACCGCUCCGUCCAGGGCUCCUCCACCUCUUCCUCGGCCUCCUCCACCCUCUCCCACGGGGAGGCCAAACCGCAGCCACAGAGCCAAGCUCAGCCUCAGCCUCAGCCCCAGUACAAACCACAGUACCAACCUCUGUAUCAGCCACACUACCAACCUCAGUACCAGCCUCAGCAGCAGCCGCAAGAGCAGCCCCGCACCGCGGCUGUGACCGACAUGCUGGCAAACAGUCGCAUCGCCCCCUCACAAAACAGCGCCCCUCCUCCAGAUGUUACAGCUGUGGCCCAUCCAGCCAGAGGCCCACGCGUGGACCUGCCCUCCAACGCCGUGGUCCGGGGCAUGAGCCGCGGGCAGAGCCGCUCCAGCAUGAUGGAGACCGCGGACGGAAGAGGUAAUAUCCAGAGAGUUCCUGUGAGCAGCAGAGUGUCCACUAAGAUCCAGCAGCUUCUCAACACCCUGAAGAGGCCCAAGAGGCCCCCGCUCAGCGAGUUCUUCACCGACGACUCGGAGGAGAUUGUAGAAGUGCCCCAGCCAGACCCCAACACACCCAAGCCGGAGGGUCGUCAGAUCAUCCCAGUGAAAGGAGAGCCUCUGGGAGUGGUCAGUAACUGGCCCCCAGCCCUGCAGGCAGCACUGGCCCGCUGGGGGGCCACGCAGGGGAAGAGCCCUGCCCUCACUGCUCUUGACAUCACGGGCAGACCGCUCUAUACGUUGACUUACGGGAAGCUGUGGAGUCGCAGUGUGAAGCUGGCGUACACCCUCCUGAACAAGCUGGGCACUAAGAACGAGCAAAUCCUCAAACCUGGAGACAGGGUGGCACUGGUGUACCCCAACAGUGACCCUGGGAUGUUCUGGGUGGCCUUCUACGGCUGCCUCCUGGCUGAAGUUAUCCCUGUACCUAUUGAGGUACCACUGUCUCGCAAGGAUGCAGGUAUCAGCCAGGUGGGGUUUCUGCUGGGCAGCUGCGGCGUUGGUCUGGCUCUGACCAGUGAGAUCUGUUUGAAGGGUCUACCCAAGACACCCACAGGGGAAAUACUGCAAUUCAAAGGCUGGCCUCGACUGAAGUGGGUGGUGACAGACUCAAAAUACCUGACCAAGCCAUCCAAAGAUUGGCAGCCGCACAUCCCCACCGCCAACACUGACCCUGCAUAUAUAGAGUACAAGGCGAGUAAAGAAGGCACAGUGGUGGGUGUGGCUGUGUCCAAAGUCGCUAUGUUGACCCACUGCCAAGCACUGACCCAGGCCUGCAAUUACUGUGAGGGGGAAACUUUAGUGAAUGUCCUGGACUUUAAAAAGGAUAUGGGCCUGUGGCAUGGUGUUCUCACGGCUGUGAUGAACAGGAUACACACUAUUAGUGUUCCCUACGCAGUAAUGAAGGCUUGUCCUCUCUCCUGGGUGCAGAGGGUCCACAUCCACAAAGCUCGUAUAGCUUUGGCGAAAUGCCGCGAUCUACACUGGGCCAUGAUGGCUCAUCGGGACCAGAGAGACACCAGCCUAGCUUCAUUACGUAUGCUCAUUGUUGCUGAUGGUGCUAACCCCUGGUCGGUGUCUUCCUGCGAUGCCUUCCUGAACGUGUUCCAGUCCCACGGGCUGAAGCCUGAGGUUAUCUGUCCCUGUGCCACCUCCCCUGAGGCCAUGACAGUAGCUAUACGCAGACCAGGAGUACCGGGUGCACCCCUCCCUGCCCGUGCCAUUCUUUCCAUGGGCGGUCUGAGCCAUGGUGUCAUCAGGGUCAACACAGAGGACAAGAACUCAGCCCUCACUGUGCAAGAUGUGGGGCAUGUCAUGCCCGGAGCUCUGAUGUGCAUUGUGAAGCCUGAUGGGCCGCCUCAGCUGUGUAAGACAGAUGAGAUAGGAGAGAUAAUAAUCAACUCUCGUGCUGGAGGCAACAUGUACUACGGCCUGCCUGGAGUCACUAAAAACACCUUUGAGGUGAUACCGGUUAAUGCUAACGGAGUUCCCAUUGGAGAGAUUCCAUUUGUGCGGUCAGGACUCCUGGGAUUUGUUGGCCCAGGCAGUCUGAUCUUUGUGGUGGGGAAGAUCGAAGGUCUGCUGAUGGUGAGCGGGCGGAGACACAACGCUGACGACCUGGUGGCCACUGCUCUUGCUGUGGAGCCAGUCAAGACUGUGUACCGUGGGAGAAUUGCUGUGUUUUCAGUCACAGUCUUCUAUGAUGAGAGGGUGGUGAUUGUGGCAGAGCAGAGGCCGGAUGCCAGCGAGGAGGACAGCUUCCAGUGGAUGAGUCGAGUGCUUCAGGCUAUCGACAGCAUCCACCAGGUGGGCCUCUACUGUCUGGCUCUGGUCCCGGCCAACACCUUACCCAAAACACCCCUGGGUGGCAUCCACAUCUCGGACACCAAGCAGUUCUUCUUAGACGGCAGCCUGCACCCCUGCAACAUCCUCAUGUGCCCCCAUACAUGUGUCACCAACCUGCCCAAGCCCCGCCAGAAGCAGCCAGUUGGUGUAGGUCCAGCAUCUGUCAUGGUGGGCAACCUGGUAGCAGGGAAGAGGAUUGCCCAGGCUGCAGGCAGGGACCUCGGCAUGAUCGAAGACCAGGAUCUGGUCCGGAAGCUCUGUAUGUGGCCCACUGUGAUGCAUCAGUAUUUGACAGAGGCUCUACAGUGGAGGGCACAGACAGACCCAGACCAUGUCCUCUAUGUCCUUCUUAAUGCAAAGGGUGUAACAGUGAGCACAGCGUCCUGUGUCCAGCUUCAUAAGCGAGCUGAGAAGAUAGCCGCAGCACUCACUGAGAAAGGCAGCAUCAACACCGGAGAGAACGUAGUGCUACUCUAUCCUCCUGGCAUUGAUUUGAUAGCCGCCUUCUACGGCUGUCUGUACGCUGGGUGUGUUCCCGUAAACGUCAGACCUCCGCACCCUCAGAACCUGGCAGCCACGCUGCCCACUGUCCGCAUGAUUAUUGAUGUCAGUAAAGCUGCAUGUAUCCUUACCACUCAAAACCUCAUGAGGAUUCUGCGCUCCAAGGAGGCUGCUGCCUCAGUAAACAUUAAGACCUGGCCAACAAUCAUCGACACAGAUGACCUUCCUCGCCGUCGGCCUCCACAGAUCUACAAGCCGCCCACAGCAGAGAUGAUAGCUUAUCUGGACUUCAGUGUGUCCACUACAGGCAUGCUCACAGGAGUCAAGAUCUCUCAUGCAGCGGUCAGUGCACUUUGUCGCUCAAUAAAGCUGCAGUGUGAGCUGUACUCCUCUCGCCAAAUAGCCAUCUGCCUGGAUCCUUACUGUGGUCUGGGCUUCGUCCUGUGGUGCCUCGCAAGUGUUUACUCAGGUCACCAGUCCAUCCUGAUUCCUCCAUUUGAGUUGGAGAGCUGCUUGUCUCUGUGGCUGAGCACGCUCAGUCAGUACCGCAUCAGAGACACCUUCUGCUCCUACUCUGUCAUGGAGCUCUGCACUAAAGGACUCGGCACUCAGACUGAGUUACUCAAGGCUCGUGGUGUGAAUCUGUCAUGCGUGCGGAGCUGUGUGGUGAUAGCAGAGGAACGUCCUCGCCUGGCCCUCACGCACUCCUUCUCCAAGCUGUUUAAGGACGUGGGGCUGUCGUCCAGAGCUGUCAGCACCGCUUUUGGCUCCAGGGUGAACCUGGCCGUCUGCCUGCAGGGAACUACUGGUCCUGAUCCCUGUACGGUGUAUGUGGACAUGAAAUCCCUCCGCCAUGACAGAGUGAGGCUUGUGGAGAGAGGAGCACCUCAAAGUCUUCCCCUAAUGGAGUCUGGCAAGAUACUGCCAGGUGUGCGGGUGAUAAUCGUAAAUCCAGAGACCAGAGGCCCGCUCGGUGAUUCUCAUCUAGGAGAGAUCUGGGUGAACAGCCCUCACAAUGCCAGUGGCUACUACACCAUCUACGGAGAGGAGAGUCUUCAGGCAGACCACUUCAACACCAAACUCAGUUUCGGGGACCCGCAGACCUUAUGGGCCAGAACUGGAUACCUGGGUUUCGUGAAGAGGACUGAGCUGUUGGAUGCCAGCGGGGAUCGGCAUGAUGCUCUGUUCGUGGUGGGCUCGCUGGAUGAGACCCUGGAGCUACGAGGGCUGCGUUACCACCCCAUUGACAUCGAAACCUCAGUGUCCCGGGCACACCGCAGUAUUGCUGAGAGUGCCGUGUUUACGUGGACCAACCUGCUGGUGGUGGUGUCGGAGCUGUGCGGCUCGGAGCAGGACGCACUGGACCUGGUGCCUCUGAUAACCAAUGUGGUCCUGGAGGAGCACCACCUCAUUGUGGGCGUGGUGGUUAUUGUGGACCCAGGGGUCAUACCCAUCAACUCCAGGGGAGAGAAGCAACGCAUGCACCUCCGCGACUCUUUCCUCGCCGACCAGCUGGAUCCCAUCUACGUUGCUUAUAACAUGUGAUGGGCUUGUUCGGCCGUCAUCCGCAGUCUGGAUGCUUCUGCACCAUCAUCUAAACAUUUGACUACUGGCUUGGCAGACGAUGAGAGGGAAAAGCAUGAACCACAUAUACUGCCACCAAGCCCCGUGUGACACCAGCAUAUCUUGGCCACUGCAUGUCUGUGAUUGGAGCUGCCAUGUUUGCAGUUGUUCACUGUGUUUUAUAAAUAGAAUUUUACAAAUGGGAUUGAAGCAACAUGUAUUGCAUAUGGUAUAAGGAAAAAAAGUCCCUAUUGCACUUUUUUGGGGGAAAGAAUCAAACAACACAUACAACAGGACCAGUUUUAAUAUAAAUACUAUAUUAAUGUCUAUGUGAAAGUCCGUCUUCUUAUUCUGUACUCACCACAAACCUCUUGAAACACUUUCCCUUUUGUGUCUACCCAGAUUCCAAGAGCUACUAAACUUAAAUCAACAACUUGAAAUAUUUUUACAUGCAGCUUUCAAACUAACGCACACAAACGCAUGUGCUGAGCCCUUGUCAUUUCUCACCAACAUGGAUGAAUAAAAGAGGGCACCCGAAAGCAAACCUUGAAACUAGUAGCUCGUCUUGGCCUGUGCACAUUAUUUAGUACGCUUAUUUUUUCCCAUGAUAAUGAAGCCAAAUAGAUUUUCUGCCCUUAUAUAUUUCCUGCCUUAUCAAACUUCAGCCAUACAUUCCUAUCUUAAUUUUUAAUGAAUCUAUUAUUAAUGGCUGUUGAUUCUUCCUUUGGUUUUGACUAGUAGUGGAAAUCCUGACAGAUAUCCAAAGGGAUCAAAGUAAAAGAGGAAAGAGGCCAUAUUCUGUACUGUACCUAUAAAGGCCUCCUUGUAUUUUAGAUACUGUAUGUUACUGUAUAGAUAUUUUUAAUUGUAUAAAUGUAUAAAUGUUUGACUCAUCUCUCUCAGUCGAUGGUUUCUGGAUAGUUAAGCUGGGAGAUGAUAAUAGUAGCAGAAAGAAGAUUGUAAAUAAGAUUUGACAGUUUUUGAAGUGGAAUAUUAGUUGUAUAACAGGGGUGGGGUAAAGAUGAAUAACUUUAAAGCAUUGUUAGGCAGGACAGAUAUAACAUUGCACUUUCUCAAAAAUUGUCUAAUCUAUUUUAUUAUAACAAUGAGGCAUUAUAACUAAUGGUUCAGGAACAUAUAUUAUUUUGAGGAAUCUUGUUUGAGGAGCUAUGAAAGUUUACCAGGAGGGCUAUCACUGUUAAUGCCAGGAACCUUUCCUGUCAGCCACUAAAAAAAAAAUGGUGAGGAGAAAGCUAAAACCAAUACUAUGACUGUUUUCAGGCUACCAGGUUAUUUUGUAUAGACAGGGGGAAAAAAGGCCCACAGCUGUUCAUUUUAAAUCCAUCACCAUUGUACUUUUUACUGCUAAAGAUUCACACCCCUCUCGGUUUUGAACUGCAUAAGAGAAAGAAAGAGAGAGAGAGAGAGAGAGUUUGGCCCUUUCCUUUUCCUCUUUACACUCAAAGCUCAUUCGAACUGUGUUUUGUGUUUGUGCAACUUUGUAAAGAAUUACUUUGAACUCCAACAGGAUUGUUGUUGGUACUAUAAGUCUGUAGUCAAUAGAGGCAAGUCAUCAUGUAUCUGGAUUAUUUUCUGUGUUGAGUCACUGGAUUUAUAAGCACUUGUGAAUGCAGUUGCAAAGCUGAGCCACAUCGGAAACAUCUUUGAUUGGCAAGUAAAGUAAUUGUAUGAAAACGAAAAGGGUAAAAAAAAAACAACAACAAAAAAAACGUUUGCAUCAAGAUGUGUUUGGUUUCCUGCGAUCUUGUGCUUUCCUUGUGCUCCUUGCCAUAAUUUAUAGGUUCUUUGUACUGGAUAAUACUGUAUUUCAGUGAUGAACCCUGUCAAUGUCAACAUGUAAAUAGUUUUUGUUAUUUUUGGACUUUUGCAAUCGUCCCAUUAUAACAUUCAGUCAUGCCAAACACAAUAUUUGAAAGAUGUUUAUUAUUCUUUCAAGUAAAACAGGAAUAUGACCCAUUGAAUUACUGCACUUUGCACUGAUGGUACUCACAGUAGGUUUCUACUGUGUGGAUUUAACUAUCCCCAUUUCAUGUUAGAUUAAAUGUGUCAAUAAUUUUAGAAAUAUAAUGCUUUACAUUUAUUUUUCCCCAGUUUUAAGUCGACCUAGAAAAAAAAAGACUAAUAGCACUUCAUCUUAGUUUUAACAUUACAUCCUACAUUUGCAGCAGAAUGUUUGCAUGACUCAGCCAAGCACAAGAAGAAAACAGCUUGAGGCACAUCUCAUCUCGAGGCACAUGCGGAGGAGAUAUAUAUGUAUGAAACUGUAUAUUCAGGGAACAACACUCAGAAACACAGGGAUGGACCAGGUGGUCCCUUGGUGCAAUCUGUGAAUACAACCCAUAAAAUGUAGACGUCUGUCAAAACAAAUUUCCUCGUAAUCAUUGCGGAUCUUGCAAACCUAAUGAGCAAAAAGAGGGGUUACUGACAACCAGUGUCCAUCUACCAUCUACCUGCUUCGCUGGGGAGUCUACAAGGGCUUCCUUUGGUUUCCGCUCUUUUUUCUCCGUCAGAGUUCUUACACACUAUGCAAUCCCAAAGACGGUGCAAUUUAAUUUCAAAGCUUGCACAGUCUGGUGAAAUAUACAUGCUAAUACAUUUUGUAACAAUGAAGAACAGAGGACUGAUGAAAUUUAACCAGUAGUGUACUUAAGACUGUAUUCAUCUCUAUUGAGUUGUUCUAUCAAUAUUUUGUGUAUGCACUCUUGGUAUGUUGUAUAUUAAUUAUUUGGUGAAUUCUAAACUGCUCCAUUAGGGUGUGAUCCACUGAUGAAUCUUUAAUGCUAGGGAGGUGUUUUAACUCGUAUAGUUAAGAAAUCAAGGUGGUACACCCCUUCCCAUUUUUCUCACUUAUUUUCUAUUUUGGUUUGUUGUACUUUGUUUUAUACUUUAUGUAAAAGUAAUACAGAAUAAACAAAAACAUUUAAUCAUUUAAA